AUGGUCUGUGCCAACUCGGGCGUUGAAGUCACCAAGGACGAUCAACUUGUCCGCCUUCGACACAUUGGCCAGGAGGAUAUUCAGACCUUAGUAGAGCUUGGUCUUCGCCUUCAUCAACGCUACUACUACUACUACUACUACUACUACUACUACUACUACUACUACUACUACUACUACUACUACUACUACUACUACUACUACUACUACUACUACUACUACUACUACUACUACUACUACCACUACUACUACUACCACUACUACUACUACUGUCGUUAA